AUGGGUAUCUAUUUGUGCGCAAUCGGUGCCCACGACUUGGCCUUUCGUGAUGACUACCGGAGUCACGCGCUGUCGUGGAUGUCUUCGUGGUCGUGUACGACCUGUGGCUUUAUGGCAAUGCUAUCAUCGCAGGUAUCGGUGUUUACACUAACCCUUAUAACGAUAGAGAGGUAUCGCUGUAUUACCGCCAACUUUCGUGUGGUCACUAUAUUUGCGGCCAAAAUGAAUUUGGCGGUCGUGUGGCUAUUGGCCACUCUAUUGGCCGCAUAUCCCGUCGCAUACUAUACCACAACCGGUGACCGAGUCUUCUAUGCCUCCAAUGGUCUCUGUUUUCCGCUACACAUCGACGAGCCAUAUAUGACGGGUUGGCAAUACUCGGCGCUCGUCUUUCUGGGCAUCAAUUUCCCAGCGCUUUCGCGGCCCGUAUUUGUCGGCCGUAAACGAGAGGACGCUAUCCUCGCCCUCCGAUUCUUCGGUAUUGUCGUCACCGACUGUUUCUGUUGGAUACCAAUUGUGGUCAUUAAGAUUCUGGCGCUCAUUCAGAUCCCCAUCUCUUCUAAUGUGUACGCCUGGGUUGUGGUGUUUGUAUUGCCCAUAAACAGCGCUCUCAACCCAAUUAUCUAUACAUUGGCCGCACCCACAGAAUUGCGUCGACGGCUCAUGAAAUGGUUUCAACAGAUUUUAAGAGCCGUUCAGUUGGAGUAUUGCUUGAAAUUCAUAAAGGAUUCAAAGCCAGAGCACAUCCACUCAUCAACGAUGGCAUCGCAUACCAGUCUUACUCUAACCGCUCCUUACGAACAGAGAUCCAGCAAUGGUUCUGCCAUUUCUCUCCCAACUAUACCCACACCUCUCUCACACCCCAAGACUCGACCAUUUCAUCACUUCACCAAAAAUAUUAGACUUUAAUGUCUGCAGACAGAGAAGGACAAA